GUUCACUUCGAUUUAACUUCCGGGACCGUUGACACUGGAAACCUGACCUCACGUGGGGAACUACCUCCUACCGCAUCUGGCGAUAUCUUCUACACAAAAUCAACCAUGGACGCCGUCAAACGAGGCAUGUCCAGCGAUGGAGCGCGGCGAACCGGCUCGGUGCACGCAGCAGCAGCGGAUGCAGAUCUGGCGAAGAUGGGCUACACGUCGGAACUACCACGAAGUCUGAGCAUGCUAUCGGUUCUGGGAAUGUCCUUUGCGAUCAUGGCCGUGCCAUUCGGCCUCAGCACGACGAUGUACAUUGGUCUGACGGAUGGUCAAAGUGUGACGAUUCUCUGGGGAUGGGUGCUGGUUUCUCUGAUCUCCAUGAGCAUUGCUGCCUCGCUGGCCGAAAUUUGUGCGGUAUACCCGACUGCCGGUGGUGUCUACUAUUGGAGUGCGAUGCUGGCGAACAAAGAAUGGGCGCCGCUGGCUUCGUGGAUUACGGGAUGGUUGAAUCUGGUUGGCAACUGGACGGUGACGCUUUCGAUCAAUUUCUCGGGAGCGCAGUUGGUCCUCAGUGCUAUUUCGAUAUUCAAAGAGGACUUUGUUGCCAAUGCAUGGCAAACGGUCUUGAUGUUCUGGGCUCUCAUGCUGAUAUGUUUCCUUAUCAACGCAUUCGGUUCCGCAUACCUGGAUCUCAUCAACCGCGUUUGCAUCUACUGGACGGCGGCCUCAGUUGUGAUCAUCGUGGUCACAAUCCUCGCCAUGUCCGACAACUAUCGAUCCGCCGAAUUCGUAUUCAGCAACUACGACGCCAGCGCAUCUGGAUGGCCGUCCGGCUGGGCUUUCUUCGUUGGCCUACUCCAAGCUUCGUAUACUCUGACGGGAUACGGUCUGGUCGCUUCGAUGUGCGAGGAAGUACCGAAUCCAGCACGCGAAGUUCCCAGAGCUAUUGUCAUGUCCGUCGUGGCUGCUGGUGUCACUGGUGUGAUCUACCUGAUUCCCAUCCUUUUCGUGCUGCCGGCCGUUCAGGAUCUUCUUGAUGUCAAGAGCGGGCAGCCCAUCGGCUUCCUCUUUACUCAAGCAACCGGCUCGAAGGGUGGAGGAUUCGGUCUGCUCUUCUUGAUCCUUGGAAUCUGGCUUUUCGCAGGUACUGGCGCUUUGACAGCUUCAAGUCGCUGCACUUAUGCCUUCGCUCGUGAUGGUGCGAUCCCAGGAAGCCGAUGGUUGGGCACGACCAACAGCAAAUUGGGAAUCCCGCUUUGGGGACUUGUCUUAUCGACCGUGGUCGAUUGCCUGCUUGGCUUGAUCUACUUCGGAUCGACGGCAGCAUUCGGAAGCUUUACAGGUGUCGCUACCAUCUGUUUAUCGUGCGGCUAUGGUCUUCCGAUCCUGGUUUCGGUGCUGCGCAGGAGGAAGCUUGUGAAGCACUCGACGUACUCCCUUGGCAGAUUUGGCUUUACCAUCAACAUCAUCUGCUUGGUGUGGAUAGCAUUGGCGAUCGUGCUGUUUUGCAUGCCUACCAGUCUUCCGGUCACCGCAAGUUCGAUGAACUACGCAAGCGUGGUCUUCAUGGGCUUCGCAGCCAUCAGCGUCGUGUGGUACUUCAUCCGCGGCAGGAAAACAUUCACUGGACCUCCGGUGGUAUCCGACGCAGACCCGACCAUUGUUGGCCAAGUGGAGUCCAUCGACAGCAGUGGAGAAUCGGCAACGAGGACGAGUAGAGAGGCGAAACCUGAGUUGAAGUAG